CUUCGUCUUCACUCACAUCACGUGUGUUUGUGUGUCUGAUCAUGCUGCUGAAAUAAUGGAUCUGAUGAUGAUCUGAUGUACAUUGUUGAUGUCUGAUAAUGUCGUCUCAUGUGAAAUCGGUGAGAUUCCUCAGCGGUUUUGUGUUCGGUUCUGUGUUCAGCACCGGAUCUUGUCUCGUGGCUCUAAAGCUCUAUAAACACGAAGAGGAGAAAGCAGAGAGCGAGAUCUCAACAGCACAUCAGCUCAUCGAGCGUGUUGGUCUGCCACAAGCCGGCGCUGACGUCCGAUUCUACUUGAACCACAUUUUAUCAUAUGAUCAGACCCACCGGACGCCCAGAUGGGUGACUGAGCACCUGUCCGAUCAGCGCUUAUUGGGUAAAGCCAAUAGAAAACACUGCAGAUUUAAACCGGAUCCGAACAUUCCCAAACUGUUCACGGCACGAAAUGAGGAUUAUCUGCGCAGCGGCUGGUCGCGGGGUCACAUGGCGCCCGCGGGCGACAACAAAAUCUCUGAGGAAGCGAUGGCAGAAACCUUCUAUCUGUCCAACAUCGUCCCACAGAACUAUGAGAACAACGCUGGAUUCUGGAACAGGCUGGAGAUGUUCUGCAGAGAUCUCACUCAGAAGUUUGGUGACGUGUGGGUCGUAUCUGGACCUCUGAUGCUGCCGCAGGUGGAUGAAAACGGAAGGAAAACCGUCUCUUAUCAGCUGAUCGGAGAAGACAACGUUGCUGUUCCUACUCACCUGUACAAAGUGAUCCUGGUGCAAAAAGAUUCAUCUGAAGAUUCCCGUGCUCUCGCUGCGUUUGUGGUUCCGAAUGCACCGAUCGGCUUCGACCGUCACCUGACCGAGUUUCAGGUGAGUUUGUCUGAUUUAGAGCGGAUGUCUGGCCUGACGUUUUUCCCUAAAGUGGAAAAAGCCGAAGAGCUGAAGAGCUUGUGUGAGGUGGACUCGUGCCAGCUGAUGGACUUCAAACGCUUCACGCUGUACAUCAGCGGCCGUAAGGUGGCCAGCGCACGGACGCUUCAGCGGUUGGAGAAGGUGAUGGAGGAGCUGAGAGAUGCAGGAAUCACACCUGAUGAUUACCUGAACAAUCUUCACCUGGAGAAGAAACAAGAGCUGCUGGAGAAAGAGACUCAGAAGAAGACAUGAAUUUCCUUCACUACAUGUUUGAGUUUUUCGCCUCAUUUGUUUUACCAGGAAGUGUAACUGGGUUUGUACGUCUACCAUUGAAACUUGAAUUUGAAAGAUCGACCUGAUUUUACCGUGAUCAAAGUUUUUGAAUUACCGCUUGCUGUUGUGUCUUUCUACUUCACUCAUUACAAAACUGGCGUGGGCAGUCUCUCAGCCUUUAAAGUAUGUCAUCUUCACAUCAUAAAAAUAUCUUUUUUAACUCCGUGAUUAUAGAUGAGGUGGAAGUGGGUUAAUGUGUGUGAUUUCUUGAUAAACGUCACGUGUGUGAUAUUAAAUCAAUGACUGGAGCUCUCAGACUGUUGUCUCAUCUGAUCAAGAACUUCACAGAACUCAAUCUAUCAUCAGAGAGGGAGUAUCUCAUCUCGUCUCGUCUCAUCUCGCCACAGCUGCACUGAGCUUCCUGACAGAAGGCCCGUGUAAUUGCAUUUGACGUUUAGAUUUGGCCGUGGUAAAACACAGGAGCUGUCUGCGUUUAAAGUUGAUUUCUGCUGAUACUGAAGAACUCGCUCAUCUGCUUCAUAAACACAUGAUCAUUCUCCUGUGAUCUUAUGAUCUACAGUGGGCUUGUUCCAGUAAUGGAUUAUUGUGGUCAUGUGACCUCUUCCUGACAAGGUCAAGACACACGCGUGACCUCUAGACCAGUGUCAAAAGUUAACUAGGAGAAUUUUUGAGAUUGAUUUUCUGAGGCUUGUUUGAAGCUUAAUGAAGGGCGUUGGGGUCAGUUUGAGCUUGAUGUCUCUUACUGUAAUGUAUUAUGAUUAGGGAUUAAUGGCAAGUUUGUGUACUGUGCAUAUUUAUUUUCUAUUUUCUACACAUGCAUGUAUAUAGAAAUAUUUGUAUAUGAUUUAAAUGAUAUACACAUUUAUUCAUUUUUUUUCUUUUAAAUACAGAUAUAUACAUGUGUGUGUGUUUGUUUAUAAAUGCAAAAUUAAUAUACACAGUAAACAGACAAAUUAUUAUGUAAACACAAACUUUUGUUCUGGAUGGGAUUCAUUGCGAUUUGUUUUUUUAAAUCAACAAUAGUCGUGUUACAUUUAAUGUACAGUAACCAUAUUUUUGGUGAAUUGCUUGAUUUAUAACCCUGCCGUUUGCUAUUUUCAUAAUGGUUGCCUGUCAUAACACAACACUUGACAUUAUUUGUUGGCAGAAACAUCUAAAUCUUUACAUUCACUAUGUUUGACUUUGAAUAUUAUACCGAUUGUUUUUAUAUAAUUAUUAAUAAACCGAUGUCUAGA